AUGCUCGAUCUGAGGAAGCUCACAACCCUUCCUGACUCCGUCGCUCAGCUUACUACACUCCAAGAGCUUUCGUUCGACAAUUUUUGGAAGCUUCCGUCUUUGCCCGAGGACUUCUGGCAGCUGAUUGUUCUUGAAAAGCUGCGCCUUAACAGCCUUCGCCAGCUCACACGCCUGCCUGAAUCCCUCGGGCAGCUGAAAGCUCUCCGGGAGCUGAAAAUAGUGGAGUGUGAGAAGCUGCAGCAGCUCCCGGACUCCCUUUCCCAGCUCUCUUCUCUCGAGCACCUGGAGAUUACCGCUUGUUGGGACCUCACGGUGCUGCCAGAUGAAAUGGGGAACGGUAUGCAGCGGCUGCGCUAUCUGCAUCUGGAACACUGCGCAUCCCUCACCCACCUCCCUCCAUCCUUCUCCGCCCUGACAUCUCUCGAAACCCUAAAGAUCAUGGAAGCUAGUCGCUUCAGAGGCAACCUACUAGACGGCUUCUGCUGCUUGAAAAGCCUCAAGGAGCUGGUGCUUCGAGGAAUGCCUCGCUUAUCUGCGCUUCCUGCUUCUUUUUCUGGCGUUUUUUCACUCACCAGCCUUGAAGUGAUGAGAUGCCCUAAGGUAACAGUCCUGCCUGAGGGGAUUGGACGGCUGGAGUCGCUCGAGGUGGUCAGGAUCGCACUGAUGGACGGCUUGAAACAUCUCCCUGCGUCGCUUGUCAGGUUGCCACGGCUGCGGGUGCUAGAGGUGCGGGGAUGUGGUGAAGUUGGCGCGCUGCUAGGGGAUGAGAUAGUGCUCAGACGCACUGCCCGGGUCCGCAGCUUGCCAACGACGUUCUCUAAGCUGCCUCAGCUAGUGGUGCUGCAGGUGAUUGCGUGCAAGAAGCUGGUUCGGCUGCCGUCUUCUAUCCGGCGAAUGCCGACGCUGCGUGAGUACUAUGUCAGCGAGUGCCCUUUGCUCUCACAGCGAGACAGGAGAGGGGUUCCUGCAAGGGUAGGCGUGGAGGAUGGGGAGGAGGGAGGGGGAGUGGCGGUUGAUGAGGGAGAGGAGGAAGAGGGGGAGGAGGCAGAAGAGGAGGAGGGAGGAGAUGCGGCGGCGGAAGGGGAAGAGGCGGACAGGGAGGAGGAGGAUUUUGGGAGUGGUGGAGAGGACGGGGUGAUCAACCAUGAGUAUGGCAUGGACAGCGAAGAUGACUUGGACGACUUGACAGUCUGGAGGGCGGGUGGUGAUGAAGAGGGGGUAUAA